CACUCGAUCGUCUUUCGUCUCGAUUUAUAUGAAAACAACGCGCUCCGUUUUACGAUUUCGGAUGCAGUAACUGUUUUGCUACUUUUUAGAUUUUCUGCGCUAAUAAAAUAUUAAAGUAACUCUUGUGCCACUAAGAUAAAACAAUGAGUGCAAUGGAAGAGGAAUUCGAGGAGGAAGGUUGGAUUAAUCGCAACAAUCAGCCAGGCGAGGAAGAGCCCGAUGCGCAUGAUGAGCCAUUGGAAAAUCCCCAGGAAGUGCUUAACGAGUGCUUGGGGAAGUUUGCCACGUCCGAUUACAUUAUGGAGCCGGGGAUAUUCACCCAGCUGAAACGCUACUUUCAAGCAGGCGGAACGCCGGAACAAGUGAUCAAUCAGCUAUCGGCCAAUUACACGGCGGUAGCACAGAUGGCUAAUCUUCUGGCGGAGUGGUUAAUACUAGCGGGUGUUCGGGUGACCGAUGUCCAGGCAAUGGUUGAGAACCAUUUGAAGGACAUGAUCCUAAAAACUUUUGAUCCGAAGAAGGCAGACAAAAUUUUUACAGAAGAAGGUGAAACACCGGCCUGGUUGACAGAAAUGAUUGAACAUCAUACGUGGCGAUCGUUGAUUUAUCGGUUAGCGGAGGAGUAUCCGGAUUGCCUUAUGCUGAACUUCACUAUUAAGCUGAUCUCCGAUGCCGGGUUUCAGAGCGAAAUCACGUCAAUAUCGACGGCUGCCCAGCAGAUCGAGGUAUUCUCGAGAGUGCUCAAGACGGCAAUUGCCAAGUUUUUGAACCAUCCGGAUGAUUGGCAAUCUGCUAUCAGCGAGUGUGCGAAAAUGGUGUGCCACGGACAGCACACGUACGUCUACAGCCAGGUGUUGAUCCAAGUGCUGUCACAAGAGCCCAAGGGUGGAUUCAUCAUGAAACGCUUGGCUCAGGAAAUAACGAAAUAUGCAUCUAAAAACAAUCACAAUGUCACUCCAAUAACAAUGGCCUUAAAUGGUUCAGCGCGGCAUCCUCAAGCUUGCGAGGCGCUCACCUCAAUGCUAACCCGGAAUGCAUUGAAUCCGGCCGAUAUUACGGUUCUUUAUCGCAACUAUUCGUCACUGGAGCCUCCACCAAUCGAUCUAAUACGAAAUCCCCAAUUUUUGGAUUUAUUGGUGGAUUCGCUGUUCAAAGUGGGAGUCAAAAUAAACCAAGAACACAAAUCCAAAUAUAUUUAUCUGCUUGCAUACGCGGCCAGCGUAUGUGAAACGCCGGCGAAGAAAGGACAACCUAAAGGUCACCGGAACAUCAACAAGGACGAACUAAAACCUACUAUUCAGGCUGUCGAAAAAGUGCAUACCAUUUGCAAUGUGAAUCGCGGUUCUACCGAAUUAAUAGCGGAAAUAGCUACCCUGUACAACUGCAUUCGAUUCCCGGUGGUUGGAGUGGGUGUAAUCCGUUGGGUCGAAAAUACCGUAACGGAGCCUUCCUAUUUCAAACUGUGCACCGAAAGUUGUCCGCUCCAUUUGGCCCUUCUGGACGAAGUUGCCCAGGUCCACUCUUCAUUGCAUGAUCAAAUUCUACGACUGCUGAUUGAACUGUUCGAGUCGAAGCAAGAUGAGCUGGAAAUUCUCGUCCAGCUGGAAAUGAAGAAAAUGUUACUGGAUCGUAUGGUGAAUCUGCUGACGAGGGGCUGCGUUGUUCCGGUCGUCAAGUACAUUCGCCAAUGUUGCAACAAGGGAGAUACCGAUAUAUCGUUGAUUCGCUAUUUUGUCACCGAAGUGCUCGAGACGAUAACGCAUCCGUACUCGCCGGAGUUUGUGCAACUGUUUCUGCCAAUGGUGGAAAACGAGGAGAUCACUGGUUCUAUGAGAGGCGAAGGUGACAACGAUCCCGUUUCGGAGUUCAUCGUGCACUGUAAGGCGCACUACACGACGAUUUAGAGCAAGUCUCAUCGGGACACACUUCUCAACACCGUCAUUGGUCUAGCUUACCGGCUGCUUUCACAUGAUUGCGUUGUUCGUUUCACACACCGGCGGUAACGACAGUAACGAAGCCCAGCCAAUCAAUUGCCACCGUUGCUUGGAAGCCGACCUCAAUUAUAGUUGAAAAUGUGGAUUUGGUGCAUAUCAAAUGUGAUGACGAGAAUGAACAGGUUCCAUUUCUAUCCCCUCGGAUGUGCCCCUCUAGAUCACAAAAGAUACUCCACAACAUGGUAAGCGCAACAAAUACUUUCUAAUCAUGAUACAAUUCACUAUAAAUAGACAACAUAUAUCUUUCAAUUUGUACACGAUACCGUAUAAA